AUUUAGUCAAUGAAUAUGAAGUUAGUGAAAGGAUAAUUAGUGAUAUUUUAAAGGUAAAAGACCACUGGCUUGUUAUAGAUCUUAAUUCAUAUCAGGCUUCUUUACGUCGCAAAAAAAAAAUUCUUUUUUCUAUUAUAGAAGAGGUUUUAACUUUAUGGACUGAAGAAGCAUUUAGUGCCCCACUUCAAAAUCUUGAUGAAAUGUAUAAUAACAUUAAUCAAAUUUUAAAAAAUUAUGAUCUUCAAGAUAUUUUUAAUUGUGAUGAAAUAGAUCUUUUUUGGAAAAUGAAACCCAAUCGUACAAUUUCUAAUCAACCAAUAUUAGGUACAAAACAAUCAAAAAAUCGUGUGACUGUUUUACUUACUUGCAAUAUAACAGGAACUGAAAAACUCAAACUAUUAUUCAUUCAUAAAUAUAAAAAUUCACGGGCACUUAAACAUAUAAACAAAAAAACUCUUCCAGUUUAUUAUUACUGGAAUUUAAAA